GACUCUUCAGUUGUGGGAAACAACUUUGAGUCGUGGUCUCGGGGCCGACGCGGCUUGGUUCGGGUUCGGACGACGGGAUCUCCCUGGGGCGUUCCUCGAGCCCGCCGGGGAGGUUGGGUGCGGUGUCCGAUCAGGACGGUGUAGCCAUCUCUUCUGGGCAGGAACUCGCCUGCGCGUCCGCAGGGGACCUCGGUCCUUGCACCUGCACGAAGGUCGGGCCGAGGCGCUCGGCUCGACCCCUCCGACGAUCGAGUCAGCAGAUGCGGAGUGGAGUUUGUUGUCUAUCUUCCUCUUCUCGUUUAAAACUCGGGGGUAUUUAUAGGACAGUUUAGUGUUACCUGAUGUCCCUGCCUGCAAGAGCAGUAUCGUACCUCUGACGAUGUCUAACAUUGCCGUUGGCGUUGCGUGAAGAAUCGAACUGCUGCAGGGUAUGGGCGUGCCUCGGUCACCGUUCUCCUCUGUCUCGAUCAAGUGAUGAAAUCAUUGUCAGAGUGGGUGACGUUAGCGUACGUCGCGUCGACAUUAUUAUCCUUUUUGGACAGAGUAUCAUCCGGAUGCGACUGACGUCGUGGCAUGUCAUGUCGCCAUUAUUACCAUCAAUCUCCAUCCUUACGUGUCCACCAUGACUCCCACUGUGGCUCAUGACACAAAUGGAAGUCCAUUGACCAAUUAUUCGAGUAUCUUAUACAUCUAAUACACCAUCUUCCUACCAACAUGCACACCAUGAUUCCAUCACUAUAGCACAUUCACCAAUAAUCCUUGCAUUUUUAAGUUCCACUGUCUUGUAAUCAAUUCCAAUAAAAGAACAAACAGCGGUUGUGUUCUUUCUAGUCUCCUUUUGCAGUUCUUCCAUCUAACAACUCAAACCAUUCUUCUUCAAGUUGUAACUCUUCUUGCGGAUUAUAGUAUCGUGCAGAACAUACAAAGCUUUGUGGUGCUGUACAACUUAAAUAACCAGUCAUUCCAUCUCUACAUUCUGAUAUGCAGCAUGAUGGAGCAGAAUUCCAAAUCCUUCGCCAUCCCAAGAUGCGUCCCCUUCCUCUCCCACUCCCACAGUAGCUCCAUAUGCUUCAUCACCACCUUCGCCACCCUCCUCGUCCUGGUCCUCCUCCAAAUCCAGGUCCUCACGUCCUCUGUCUCCACCGGUUCCCUGUCAUGGCCUUUCUUCGACCAGGCGUUACAUCGAGACGAAUCCUCGAUCCACACCGAGCUCGGCCGCGCUCGAUCCAUGCUCCGCGACUCCGUCACCUUCCUCCCGCUGAAGGACCUCAGGUUCGCCAAGGAGCCCACGUCGGGCCACACGUGGUUCAUGAGCUCCAUGAACGACACCUUCGAAGGUGACGAGACUCUGCACCUUCACUUCCCGUCGGAGGCGUCCAAGGGAAGGCUGCUCUGCCUCUCGGCCCGCGACACCUCCGACGGGACCAAGAACUCGUAUGCGUUAGCAUGGCCUGAGGCCCUCCCGCACGACGCUACGCUCUUUCCAGGUUUAACCUUCGUCUCAGACACCUACUUCGAUUACGGCAACCUGUGGCACGGGACGUCAGCCAUCCUUCCGUUCGUAUCAUGGCACCAGAGGAAGGAAUGCGCGGUUCCCGAUCGCUGGGUGCUGUUCCACUGGGGCGAGCUCAGGACCAGCAUGGGCGCGUGGGUGCACAAUCUCACCAGGGCAGCCAUCGGGGAGGUGAGGAUCGAGGACCUUCGAGGACACGGCGGCGCCGGACCGGCUUGCUUCGAGAAGGCGGUGGUGUUCAGGCAUAACGAAGGGGCGAUGAAGAAGCAGAGGCGGCGGGAGGUGUACGACAUGAUGCGGUGCAAAGCCAGAGCUUACUGCGGCGUUACUCGAGCAAUCACGGAUCCAAAGGCCAUUCGCAUGACGCUGCUGCUUCGAUUGGGAUCGAGGUCCUUCAAGAACGAGUCCACGGUGAUCCGGAUCUUCGAGAAGGAGUGCGCGAAGGUGGAUGGGUGCGUGGUUAAGGUUGCAUGGGGCAACAACAUGACGUUCUGCGACCAGGUGAAGCUAAUGAGCGAGACGGACAUCUUGGUGUCUCCCCACGGGUGCCAGAUGACGAACCUGUUUCUGAUGGACAAGAACAGCAGCGUCAUGGAGUUCUACCCCAAGGGGUGGCAGGAGCUCGCCGGCGCGGGGCAGUACAUCUACAGCUGGAUGGCCAACUGGGCCGGAAUGCAGCACAAGGGCUCAUGGCGAGAUCCCCAGGGCGAGGAGUGCCCGCACACGGACAAGCUCGCGUGCUUCCUCUUCUACAAGGACGCACAGAUCGGGCAUGACGAGGCCCGCUUCGCCGACUGGGCGGCCAAGGUUCUGGGCGAGGUGAAAGAGGUGAAGUCGAGUGAGGCAUCGAGCGGAAGCCACCAUGCGGAUCUUGCAGGAUCAUCAAUUCCCUGCCCUUGUGAUCGAUGAUUGUAGUCUUGGCUACGUUUGCAAUCGUAGUAUAUGAAACAAUCAUAAUAUAUGAAAGGAAGGUGCAGCACAUAUCAAAUAUUUAUAUGAAUUGAUGUU